ACAUUUCCCUUUCCGCUGACGCUCAUUUGAAUGCAGUGCAGGAGCAUUUUUUCCCCUCUCCACUCGAUUAUCUCAACUCAAGUUUCGCGUGUCAGCUUCAAGAAUAGAACAACCCAGGAAAAAGUCAUCGAGAAUGGAAGUCGUCUGGUCCAGCCGGAGCCUCGGAGAUGUGUAAACAUGGCGACUAAGCACAGUCAAGCCGUCAGUGUCCCGACAAUGCGCUUCAAAAGCGGGCGGCAGUGAUUCCAAGUCCUGCUGCUCGCCCUUUUCCUUCACUGCUCCGGCGACUUUAAGCGAAGGGCUGGGUCCCUUUUACUGUCGGGAGUCUGCGGUUCGCCAAUAUUUCCAUGGAGGACCAGGAAUAUCCCGAAGGGGUGCUGGUGACCGAGGCCGGCCCUCAGUGGCUCCGAGCCGAGGUGGAAAGACUUUCCCGGGAACUGCGGGAGACAACGCAGGAAAAGAUCCAGGCGGCGGAAUAUGGACUGGCGGUGCUGGAGGAGAAACAGCAGCUCAAGCAGAGAUUUGAUGAGUUGGAGACGGAGUACGAGACCGUCCGACAGGAGCUGGAUCAGCUGAAAGAGGCUCUGGGACAAGCCCACUCCACCCACAGGAAGGUGGCAGCCGACGGAGAGAGCAGGGAGGAGUCGCUGAUCCUGGAGUCGGCCAGCAAGGAGGCUCAGUACCAGCAGAAGAUCGUGGAGCUGCAGAAUGAGCUUCGGCAGGCCAAAACCUCCAUCGCUAGCACGCAGGCCGAGAAUGAGCGCCUUUCACACGUGGCCCUGGAAAUCAGAGAGAGCUGCGAUGUGUUGGAGUUGCAGCGCAGUCAGCUGCGAGACGACAUCAGGGAAUACAAGGUGCGGGAGACGCGGCUGCUGCAGGACUACAGCGAGCUGGAGGAGGAGAACAUCUCUCUGCAGAAACACGUGUCUGUGCUGAGACAGAACCAGGUGGAGUUUGAAGGUCUCAAGCAUGAGAUCCGCCGUCUCGAGGAGGACUCGCAGUGCCAACACAGCCAGAUGGAGGAGGCCAUGAGGUUGAGGGAGAUCGCCGAGCGUCAGCUGACCGAGGCCUUAGAGACCAUCAAAACGGAGCGCGAGCAGAAGGCCACCCUGCGCAAGGAGCUCUCACACUACGUGACCAUCGGGGGCUCCGUGUACAACGGCUCCUUCAAUAUCUCCUUCGAUAACCUUAAACUCCACGACGAUGCUUCCGUCCUCUCCGAUCUGGACAACGACGACCUGAUCCGCGGAUUUGAAAACGGUUUAGCUAAGACCGGUGACGCCGACAAAGACUCGUCGGCGGAGCAGAGAGGAGAUGGUUUCAAGCCUGCUCCCAGCCUGGUGGACGACCUGCUCAGCGAGCUCAACAUCUCAGAGAUUCAGAAACUUAAACAACAGCUUGCACAGGUGGAGAGGGAGAAAGUGGCCCUCAUCAACACCUUGCAGGAGAACCAGAAGCAGCUGGAACAGGCCUACGGCACCGUGUCCGAACAGAAGGAAACGGUCAACAGACUCACCGAGAACCUCAGCGCCAUCAGGAAGCUCCAAGCCAGCAAGGAGCGCCAGUCAGCGCUGGACGGCGAGAAAGAUCGAGACAGCCACGAAGACGGGGACUACUACGAGCUGGACAUCAACGGGCCGGAGAUCCUGCAGUGUAAAUACACCGUGGCCGUGUCUGAAGCGGGCGAGCUGAGGCAGGAGCUGAAGACGCUGAGGGCGCAGUAUGAGAAUUGUCGAAGCCAGUACCAGGAGGAACGGGCGCGGCUGGAGAGCGACCUUCAGGAGGUGAGAUCCAGAUUGGCUUCCCUGGAGAAGAUUAGCCAGACGGAUAAAGCGGAGGUAGCGCGUCUGGAGAAGGAGCUCCGUCUGGUCAGCGCUGCUGCGGGAGAAUCACUCGGCAGCCUCAACGUGGCCCAAGAUGAGCUCAUAGCUUUCAGCGAGGAGCUCGCCAAUCUCUACAACCACGUCUGCAUGUGCAACAACGAGACCCCCAACCGUGUCAUGUUGGACUACUACAAAGAGGGCAAGGCCAUGGUGAGGCGAGGACAAGAAGCCAAGGACCGCCACUCCUCCGUACUCCUCACUGACGGACUCCUCCCUGACACCGACCCCGGAAGAUCAGACUCGGCCGCCCCGGAGCCGCGCCCGGAGCCCAUGAACAUCUACAAUCUUGUAGCCAUCAUCCGAGACCAGAUCCGCCAUCUGCAGCAGGCGGUGGACCGUACCACCGAGCUGUCCCGCCAGAGGCUGGCCAGUCUGGAACUGAGCACGGUGGCGGAUAAGGACAAGGAGGCUUGCAUGGAGGAGAUCCUCAAGUUGAAGUCUCUUCUCAGCACCAAGAGGGAGCAGAUCGCUACGCUCAGAGCGGUGCUCAAAGCCAACAAGCAGACAGCCGAGGUAGCCCUGGCCAACCUGAAGAGCAAAUAUGACAGCGAGAAGGCCAUGGUGACCGAGACCAUGAUGAAACUCCGCAAUGAACUCAAGGCUUUAAAAGAAGACGCUGCCACCUUCUCCUCCCUCAGGGCCAUGUUUGCGUCAAGGUGCGACGAGUACGUGACCCAACUGGACGACAUGCAGCGGCAGCUGGCGGCGGCCGAGGAUGAGAAGAAGACCUUGAACUCUCUGUUACGAAUGGCCAUCCAGCAGAAACUGGCCCUCACCCAGCGUCUGGAGGACCUGGAGUUUGACCACGAGCAGGCGCGCCGCAACACAGCCACGCUUGCCGGCGGGAAAGGCAAGACCAAGGGCAAAGGCGCCUCCUCCGGUCAUCACUGAAUCCGUCAAUCAAGUGUCCUUGAGGAGAUUGGUCAGUGUGCAGUUUCCAGAGCAGCCACAAAGACAGCCUCCCCCCACCUCCCCACUCCACGCUCUUGGGCGUCUUCACGCUGUCCUCCACUUCUAAACCACGCAGACAGCAGAUCCCACGAUCCCAGCCAGGCCUUGUUCUAAAGUGCCAGCUGUUCCACGCAGCAUCACGUGACCUUGCAGUCUUCCAGGAACGCACGCCACCACGGGGACUGACGCCAUCGGUCACCCUACCUUUUUACUCUCCUUGGAGAACAUCUCGCUCAUGUGUGUGUGUGUGUGUGUGUACGUAUGUGUGUUUCCCCCACUCAGCACUUUUUCUUUGACUUGUUGGCGCUUUCUUUCCAAGCUGGUUUGAAUAUUUUGUAGUUUUAUAAUAUUUUUUUUUUACAGGAAAUGCAUGUCCAUCUGUCAGGUGUAUCGUCUAAGUCAUUGACCUACUUUUUAAGUAUUUAUUUUAUGCGAAAAUGUCACUGUGUGUUUUUGUUUUCAUUCCCGGUAAGCCUGAAUUAUGAGAAAUGAGAGUCAUUUCUGUUAUGAAGCUAUUAAAGCGAACUAGGAAGCUAAUUUCCGAUAUAGUGUUGAAUGAAAGACACGGGGCUUCUCCUCCGUAGUCAUGGCAACGUGCUAUGCUUGUCAUCAGCAAAGAAGCACACUUGAUGGAAGGAUUUCUAAGUUAAAGUGUUAAAGUGACUUUUAACGUAUUUCUUUUCAAACACUUCACCUACAGUGCCAUUUUGUGUGAUUAUAAAAGUGCAAUUUCCCAGAGUGAGAGCUUUGCUUGGUUAUGCCAAGUGAAAAAUAUGUUACAAUAUCUUCCUCUGCCAUCUUUGUUUAGGAUAACUUUAACGUUAUUGUUGGGAUGAACGGAGCUGGAUGGUCAACAUUUGACAAAGAUUUGUGAUCAUCCUGGCUGGAGACAAAUGUGCUAACGUUUUUGACUGGUGAAGAAAUAAAAUCUUCUAACUCACACUGCCCUGUCCUUGAGUGU